CGUGCCGCUCCUACCCUAAUUUCCGAAUGCGCGAGGAAAUUGCAACGGAGAUCGCUGGGAAGGGCAUCGACGUGACUGGCGGCGGGUGAUCAAGAAGAGUUCAUGAUGGGAGCUCGUUGGGGGCAGGAUUCUACGGGACCGGCGGUGUAUGAAGACAAGAAGAGUUCAUGAAGGGAGCUCGCUGGGGACAGGCAUCAACGGGACUAGCGGCGUGUUAAGGAGAGAAGAGUUCGUGGCGGGAGCUCGAUGGGUGAAUUGACGACGCUGAUUUAAGUUAAAUCCUUCGAUUUCCUUGAUUUCUUAAAUCCUUGAUUUAAGUACAAUGGCGAGAGGAAACGAGGUCUCAUCAAUGGAGGUCGACGAGGGAAAAACCGCCGCGAACAGUCCUAAGUUCUCGAUCAAUGUGCUGCAGCUUUUGAAAUCUGCUCAGAUGCAGCACGGUUUGAGGCAUCGGGAUUACACCCGCUAUCGGAGAUAUUGCACUGCACGACUGCGAAGACUAUACAAAUCAUUGAAGUUCACGCAUGGUCGUGGCAAAUAUGUAAAGAAAGCUAUUACUGAGUCCACUGUUACAGAAGUGAGGUUUCUCCAUAUACUUCUUUACAUGUCAGAAAGGGCUUGGAGCCAUGCCAUGGAAAAAAGGCAUUUGCCUGAUGGACCAAAUUCACGACAACGCAUUUACUUGCUUGGAAGACUAAGAAAGGCAGUAAAAUGGGCUGCGCUUUUUGCACAAUUGUGUGCUACAAAAGGAGAUUCUAGAUCAUCACUGGAAGCGGAGGCAUAUGCUUCGUAUAUGAAAGGAACGCUAUUGUUUGAACAGGAUCAAAAUUGGAAAACUGCAUUGAUGAACUUCAGAAAAGCCAGGGAUGUGUAUGAGGAACUCGGGAAAUAUGGCAGCAUAGAAAAUCAGGUUUUAUGUCGUGAGAGAGUUGAAGAGUUGGAGCCAAGUAUUAGGUACUGUCUACACAAAGUCGGUGAAUCAGACCUGCAAACUUCUGAACUAAUGGAUAUUGGGGAAGUCGAGGGUCCUGCUUUGGACCUUUUCAAAGCUAAAUUAGAGGCUGUUAUGGCUGAGGCAAGAUCCCAGCAGGCUGCAUCUAUGACAGAAUUCUACUGGCUUGGCCAUAGGUUUCCAAUCAAUAAUGCGAAAACUCGUGUCUCCAUAUUGAAAGCUCAGGAACUGGAGAAAGAUUUACAUGGGCCAGCAGCAGAUGCACUUCCAGCAGAAAAGAAACUAUCCAUGUUUGAUAAAAUAUUUUCUGCAUACCAUGAAGCAAGAGCUUGCAUUAGGAGUGAUUUGGCUUCUGCAGGGAAUGCAGACAAUGUAAAAAUUGAUUUGAAUGGCCUUGAUAAGGCAGUUAGUGCUUCUUUGGGGCAGCGCACCAUAGAACGCAACCAAUUACUGAUUUCUAUUGCAAAAACCAAGUUUACAAAGCAGCGAGAUGAGAAGGGGGAGAAAAUCACAAAACCAGAGGAGCUUGUUCGACUGUAUGAUCUUCAAAUACAGAAUUCAACCGAUUUAUAUGAUUUAGUUAGCUCUCAAAGGAAUAUGAACCAGGAAGAAGACUCAUUUUCAAAGGAAUAUGAACUUAAGGGCUUGGCUUUCAGAGCAGAAAGGUGCUUUUUUUUAGCAAAGUCCUACAGUUUUGCUGGUAAAAGGGCUGAAGCCUAUGCAUUAUUUCGCCAUGCUGGUAAUCUUGCAGAUGAGGUUCUAAAAAAGCUCCAAGUUGCAACUAAUCCUGAUCAGGCCCUAAUCAAGGAUCUUAAGAUCUUGUCGGACAAUUGUAGAUCAAACUGCUGCAUUGAGCACGCAACAGGGAUCAUGGAGGAAGAGAAGAUCCCAGAGAAACUUUCCAAAGGUGUCUCGACUAUGUCAUUAGCAGGACCAGAAAAGAAGGAAGAAAAGUAUCUCCUCGAGAAGCUCGAUUUGUACGAAUCAGCUAUUGGCGAAGCAGGCACAAAGUCUGUUCCUUGUAUCGAGCGCUUCCCUCCUCCAUUCCAAGCAGUGCCUUGCAAUCCUAUUGUCCUUGACAUUGCCUAUAGUUCAAUUGAAUUCCCAUCUUUGGAGAACAGAAUGAAGAAAGACAAGAAAGGCAUCUUCAGCAGGCUAUGGGGAUGAGAAUGGCGUUUUAUGAUAUAUUGAAAGCUCUUCAGAAAUGUAAGUUGAUCCAACAUCCUUAUACCUGAUUCCUUGAGAUUUUUGGGUCGUUCUGAUGAAAAAAGAUAGAUUUUUUUGCCGCAUAUUGAGCAGUUUGGAUUGGGACGGAGCUCCAUUUUAUUUUGUUGUACAUUGAGUUCUAAAUUUCUGAGAGGCUCCUUUGAUAAGAAUAUGAAUUUACCUGCGAAGAAUUCUUUUA